CGCCGCCCGCCUUCCCCGUGAGGCCGGCAGGGAAGCAGGCAGGCGCCAUGCUGCAGUUCUUGGUUGGCUUCACUCUUGGCAAUGUGGUUGGAAUGUAUCUAGCUCAGAAUUAUGAUAUUCCUAACAUUGCCAAGAAGCUUGAAGACUUUAAGAAGGAUGUGGAAGCCAAGAAGAAACCUCCCAGUGACAAGUCCUAACAGUGUUACCUAGGUCACCUCUGUGCAAGCAUCAUGGAUGCAGUUUACCCUUCAGGCAGCAAAGGUCAAGUAGCAGUUUGGCAUGGGAGGUUCCUGCAUGUUCUCCUCCUAGAACUGGAAUAUCCAUGUUUUCAAAGAGCAAUCAUGAACUUUUCCUAGGACUGAUUUUAAGAGGUGUCAGUAUUUUGGAUUUGCAGAUUGUAUGCGACUGGAAAAAAAUAUCGUUUAUAUUUUUUGUUAUUGUUUUUCCUAAUAUUUUGUAAAUCGUUUUUACUUGAUCCAACUGGAGAAUAGUGUAAAUCCUGUAACUAUCCAUACCUCACACUAGUACCAUAGUCUUGGAACGUGGCAAAAUAAAUUAAAUGCAUUAAGAGGUAACUUUGAGGGCUUUCUUGUCAUUUCUUGAACAGCUUCACUGUCCUUUCUGUGAUUUCCCACUUGCCAUGAGUACUGUUCAGUUGUGCCCAUAUUAAAAAUCCCAUGGAGACAGCUGAAAUCACCAGCUGGAUGUAAUCUACCUUUCUUUUCUAAAAGCUCUUAGGAUGAAUGCACUUGUAUAUGUUUUCUAGUGUGGAUUCUUUCUUGCCAUGUCCUGAGAGCUGAAGGUUUGAAGAAGGGAAGAAAGGAAAUACCUGAACUACUAAGAGAGUGUUAAAAUAUUUAGACGGGCAUAAAACUGUUACCUUGUAAUGGAAAACACCAAUUCAUCCUAUCCUAAGGCUCUUGUGGACAUCUUUAAUUAAAUUUGUCAAGGGUUAGUACUGAAUAUACACAAAAUGCUAGACAGCAAAGCUAAUUAUUAGCUCACCAGCCUGCGGAGCUCAAAUAAGGAAGAGGGGUCUAGAGGGAAGUUUUGGCACUUGGAGAACUUUGCUAAAAUAAAUACUCAGUGGUGGCCUUUUAUACCACAGAACCACCGAGGCUGGAAGGGGCCUCCAGAUGUCUCUGAUCCAGAGUCCGUGUUCAGGCAGAUUCAGCUACAGCAGGUUGCUCGGGGCCACGUCCUGUCACGCUUUGGUAUCUCCAAGAUUGGAGCCUCUCUGCAGCCUCUGUGAGCAACCUAUAACAGUGUCCAAUCAUCCUCACAGUAAAGAGUUUUAAUGUGGUCAAACAGAGUUUCCUGUAUUUUGGUUUGUGCCAUUUGUGUCUGAUCCUUUCACUGGAUACCACUGAAAUGCAUCUUGUAGUCCGUCUUCUUUACUCUUCCCCUCCCUCCCUCCGUCAGGUAUUUAUACAUAGGGAUAACCCCCUAAACACAAGUGUUUUCUUUACAAGGUUAAACCAGUCCAGCUCUCUACCUUUCUUCAUAUGAGAGAAAGAAAUCUCUGCUCUAUCUGCUAUAUGUGAGACACUUCUGAAUAUUAGGAAGUGAUGGUGUAUGUUAAGGUGUAAACAGUAUUAUAUGCCACAGAGACAAAUUUCUAGUUUAGCUUUUUUUAUUUUUGCCUCACAGGGACAGAAAGUAGAUACUUGGUUCUAUUUGUUACACUGCUCAGUAGUGUCUGCUAUCCACAGGACUCACAAGGACCCAAUACAAAGCCCUUAUUAUUGAAUUUAUACUGAGAUAAAAUGGAUGUAGAUGAUAUUUGCCUUUUUACCUGAAAUAUGCAUUAAUCA